CCACCCCAGUCUGUAUGUAUGUGCAGAUUUCCUUAACGCAAGCUGUAUGUGAUUGUAUGCCGUAGCUAGUGUUUAUUUUUUUAACCGUCAGUUUAUACAUUUUGUUGAAAACUUCAACAUGUCGGUGGCUUUCGCGCCUCACAGACAACGCGGGAAGGGUGAUAUUACACCCGCUGGGAUACAAAAGUUACUGGAUGAAAAUAAUCAGCUGAUUCAGUGCAUCAUGGACUUCCAGAGCAAAGGGAAAACAGCAGAAUGUUCACAUUACCAGCAGAUGCUUCACAGAAAUUUGGUCUACUUGGCCACAAUAGCAGACUCCAAUCAAAACAUGCAGUCUCUCCUUCCGGCUCCCCCCACACAGAACAUGGGCAUGUCAGGAGGCAUGAAUCAGAGCGGUGCACCCCCACAGCCCCCCCACGGCCACAGCAUGCCCUCAGACGGCCCGCCCUCUGGCCCACACAUGCAGAACCAGAUGAACGGCCAGAUUCCCGGACCAAAUCACAUGCCCAUGCAGGGCCCAGGUCCCAACCAGCCUCCCAACAUGCCAAGCGGCUCCAUGAACAUGCCUCCCAGCAGCCACGGCUCCAUGGGUGCCUACAACCAUGCCGUUCCCUCCUCCCAGGGCAUGAGCAGCCAGGGCCAGAUGAACAUGAGCCAGGGCCAGCCAAUGGGCAGCUAUGGUCCCAGACCCAGCAUGAACAUGCAGCCCAACCAAGGUCCCAUGAUGCACCAGCAGCCUCCAACGCAGCAGUACAACAUGCCCCCUGGUGGUGGUGGGCAGCAUUACCAAGGACAGCAGAAUCCCAUGGGCAUGAUGAGCCAGGGCAACCAUGUAAUGGGACAGAGGCCCAUGCCUCCUUACAGACCACCUCAGCAAGGGCCUCCACAGCAGUACCCAGGCCAGGAGGACUACUAUGGAGAACAGUAUAGCCACGGAAGCCAGGGGGCACCUGAGGGAAACUCACAGUAUGGUCAGCAGCAGGAAGCCUAUCAGCAAGGCCCCCCUCAGCCACAGGGCUACCCAGCACAGCAGCAGUACCCAGCACAGCAGGGCUACCCGGGCCAGCAGCAAGGCUACGGGCCAUCUCAAGCUGCUCCUGGACAGUACCCCAAUUACCCACAAGGCCAAGGGCAGCAGUAUGGAGCAUACAGACCACCUCAGCCUGGACCUCCACAAGGACAACCGCAGCGUCCAUACGGUUAUGACCAGGGGCACAUGAGGAAAUAACGGGCCGAGUAUUUCAACCCCUGACUAGAUGUUUAAGAAGCAAAGGGUCAAUAUGGCAACUACCAGCAGUAAACGAGAGGCGCUCUUCUUCCUGUUAGAGCGUCCGCGUGCCGCUUUACGUCUUUCUGGACCUGCGGAAGGGCUACGGCUCUCCAGACUUCCACUCCCCUUUUGUAAAUCAUGAAGAGAUGGAUCUCUCUCUCUCUCUCUCUCUCUCUCUCUCUCUCUCUCUCUCUCUCUCUCUCUCUCUCUGUCUCUUACACUCUCUCUCUCACACACACACACACUUCUUUUGUGUGCCAUUUUUUUCAAGCACACCCCGACACCGGAGGAACCACUGACCGUAUACAUUUUCCACGAUAAGUCUUUUGCGUCCACGAGAAGAUAAGGUUGCGAUCAGAACACACCGAUUUCUUUCAGCCCUUCUUGUAUCAGCAGAUCACAUGGCUGUAACUCUCUUUUGCCACUUUUUCCAGUGUCAUCCAAAGCCAUCUUAAAAGCAGUAAUGCCUUAAAAAAAAAAAGCGCAAAUCAGAGCGGCCUUAUUUAAUUUAAAGCAGAGAGGGAUUUCACCAUCCUGCAGCACAGUUUUCACCGCUGCAGUAUGUUCGCAACCAUCUCUUCACUCGAUCAUGCGAAAGUUUAUCUAGCUGAAGCAAUAACGGUGGGGGAGGAAGGGGAGCGGCCCAGAGAGAUGGUCUUGCACAGGGAAUAUUCUUCUUAGGCGUCAAGGUCAAACUUGUAUAAUGUACAAAUGUAUUUUAUGCUUUCUAGAUAGAGCUUACUUUGUACUGAGGAUCUGGAAACGUUUAGCUCUAAAUAUUGUACUUGUUUCGCUGAAUGUCUUUUUAUUAGCUUGUUCUUUUUUUCUGUCUUUUUUUUUUUUUUUUUUUAAAUAAUAAUAAUUGUUGCCCCUUGCUUCUCUAGUGUAAUGUCUUUGGUUUCCUCUCAGCCAAGCUGAACCUUGAUUAAACCCAUCUGCUACUCUGGUGGUUCACGUGUUAAUUGUCCACAAGGGAACACUUCGUUUUUAAGUGCAGUGACUCGGCUGUACACCGAAAGGGGGGGAAAAACCCACGGUGGACAGUCAGGAGUCGCAUUCAAAUGAAAUUGGAAUCGUACGAACGCGACGACGACUAGUUAAACGCAGCGUAGAAUCUUAUCCUACAAGCCCAGAAUGAUCAGGGGUGUUUCGUUCUUGAUCAACAUCGUGAUCGACUACAAAAGAAUCCAGAACCACAUGUUUUUGUUGUUUUCUUUUUUUUCUCCAUCAAAACCUCAAGCUGCUUAUAACAGCUAUCCUGUCAGUCAGUAGGAACAUUAGAGAUCGCGUGUUGCAAAUUUUCUUCCAUAAUCAAGGUGAUGCUCAUCGUUGUGCCUGCUUCUUUUUUUUUUUUUUCCUGUUUUGCUAUUUUUCCCUGUGACUUUUUGCUUUAUCGGGCUUAAAAAAUGUGAAUUUGGCUCUUUUUUUUUCCUUAACAAAAGCUACAACCAGAUCCUUUUUGUCAUUAAGCUAAUAAGAGUGGCUGCAGAACUGCCACUUUUCCUUAAGUGUUUUCAUAUUUUUUUUUUUUAUGUAUAAAACAUGGUACUGGUUGUAGCAUAGUCAUUUUCCUACUUACUCCUCUAAUCGUGUAAUUCUGAGCAUGUACUAUGAUGUAGUAUGAAGCCAGCACAGUUAACACAGGUACUUGUACCUGUGUAUGUUGUCGUUUUUUGUUUUUUGUUUUGUUUUUUUGUAAUGUUUUGGGUGGGGUUUGGGAGUCUGAGAUCAGAAUGUACGAGUCUUCUAAAUGUGCUGAUGAGGAAUAAUCAUUUGGUGCUCGGUAUCAUGAUGCAACUCAAAUGUGCCAUGACUGUCUCUUCUUUUCCAUGACAAUGUAAAGUUGUACAUCAUUGUAACUGAACAAAAAAAAAAAAAACGGCUAAAAUAAAUUAUUGUAAUACGGGUUUUA